CUAUGCCGGCGAUGUCAAGAAGUCGAACCCGCCAUCGUGGUUAGGACGGAGCCGGUCUGCAAGUCCUGCUUUUCGAAAUAUGUUCAAACCAAAGUCGUAAAGCGAUUGGAGAGCUUCCGAGUACGACAUUCCGAGCCGGGCAAUGAGCGCAUGGUCCUGUUACCUUUGUCCUACACCGCAAGCUCGGUCACGCUGCUCCAUGUCCUGAGCCAGCACUUGCAAGGCCAGACCGAGAAGACCGGCCGAACUGGAUUCAAACUAUGCGUUCUGCACAUACUCGGCGGCAACUCCGCAAAUGAAGACGACGAGGCGCCCUUCGACGACUUGAAAGCGCGAUACCCGCAGCACGACUACCAUACGGUACGACUUUCGGAAGCAUUGGCAUCGGACGAUUCUCUUCGCUCCCUUCUUCUCAAAGCGCCAUCCGCCACAUCCCGCCAGGACAUCGAACAAACCCUGAAGCAGCGCCUCACCAUCUCCUUCGCCAAGUCUCACGCCUGCGACGCCGUAAUAUGGGACCACAGCGCCACCAAACUCGCCGAACGCACCAUCUCCGAGACCGCAAAGGGGCGCGGCAUCUCUCUCCCCUGGAUCGUGGCCGAUGGCGACUCCCUGCACGGCAUACCCUUCUACCACCCUCUCCGCGAACUGCUGAACAAAGAACUCAAAUCCUACGUCGAAUUCGCCGACCCGCCGUUCGAUGCUCGCUUCUCGACCGUCGACACCAAGCCGAUUGUCAGCACAAAGAAUACCACCAUUGACGAUCUGGUAGAACAGUACUUUGAGUCAGUGGAGCAGGACUACCCUUCCAUUGUCGCGAACGUGGUUCGCACGACGGGCAAACUUCCGGUGAAGGCGAUUGAGCAGGCGGAGCAGUGCGAACUGUGUUGUACGCCAUUGCAGGACAGGGCACCGGAGAAGAGUCGGCUGUGUCAUGGGUGUAUUCGCAUGUUACCUCAGGCUCAGGAUUGAAGACGGGGCGACCAGAAAUGUGUGAAGAACUCACUUCGAGCCCUCCGUACGGUUUUGUGCGAUCGCCUAGGAUCAGUGAUCCGCCUCUGAGGUGUGUACGAGCAAUUCCAGGAUGCCCGAAUCACACUCCCGAAUACGUGGAUGGAUACUGGAUGCUUUUCCCAGCUGUAGCACCCCACUCGACCUACUCGAGCAGAGUCUAGGCACGCAGGCCGCCUUCGGGACAUGAAUCCACGAUCACAUCAGACGUCUGGCUGGAGUCAUGCUGACGGCCGCAUAGCC